AUGAUGAAAUUGCUUAUUUUUCUACUCCCGAUGCUACUUCAUUAUCCAACACUAAACGCAUUUUUCUUCAAAUCAUCAAUUUUGGUUACCAUUGAAAAAUAUUGGUAUAUUGUUGGUGAUUAUGUAGAGAUUUAUUGCCAGACAACAGAUGGAGUCUAUAAUGAUCUCUACUUCAGUGAGUUGGCAUCAGGUAUUCCUUUGAACAGUGAAAAUUAUUCUGUUAAAACCGUAAAUGAAGACACUAUUCAACUUCAGUUGUAUAAUGUUACUGCUGGCAAAUAUAAUUUUAUUUGUCAGAAUAACAAGAGUGAAAAAACACUCUUGAAUAUUGGUGUUGCCUCUUUUGAAGUUGGAUAUCCUCCUGAAAUAAAGAAUAUCUUAUUUGAAAUUAUUGAUUUCAAAGAGCUCAAUGUAUAUAUGAGCCCAAGAAUUAAAGACAUCAAUGAAUAUUGGAAAACUACAUGGAAAUUUAGAGAAGACAUCAUGAAAGAACCAAUGAAUGAUGAAUGCCUUUGUUUAAAUGUAUCACAAAGCUGUCUGUGUAUGAAUCCUUUUUACUGUAAUAUUUCUGAAGAAAAUUGCUUCAAUCCAAACAGAACCUAUCAGUUUACUAUCCUUGGAAGUAAUCACUUUGGAGUUGUCAAUAGAACUUAUAUAAUAAGUCCAAUGAAAGAAGUUGAGAAACUUAAAAAUCUGAAAAAUCUUGUUGGUGUUUCAUCUUUAAGUCUUUCUUGGUCUUGGAAAUUGCAAGGCUUGUGGCCAUCCACUGUUGUUGAAUGCAAAGUGUCUUAUAAACUUCAGACUGAAGAAUGGAAGAGUUAUUUCACAAAUUCCAACAACGUGACACUCAAUAAUUUUGUUCCCAGCAAGAUCUAUACUUGCUCUUCAGUGAGAAAACUUUGUCUUAACAAUGGUGUUGAAAAUGACUGUACUCUCCAAUAA